AUAACCACCGCCUACAACUCGCCUACCCGAAACAGAUGCUGGACAUUGGGCUGGAUCGAGAUCAUGGACAGGCUGGUGGUGCCGCUGCCGAGGCGCCAGCGCGAGCGCAUGGACGUUGCCGUCAAUAUGCUGCUUCUUUGUCCUGCCCGUAACUCGGACUACGGGGCAGUUCCCCAAUCUUUGCGCGGCAUGUCUGGCUUCGGAGGACAACAACAACAACCACAACAGUCUGGGCGUGGCGUAGCGAACAGGUUACCGAACGGAAAGCUAGGGGCCGUGAGCGGCGGUUCUGGCUGGGCGUUUGGCUCGGGCAUGCCCAUGGGCGGCAGUCCUGGUGUUCCUCCUGGUUCUGCCAGACAGUUGGGCGGCGGGAAUGUCAGCUUUGCGCAAAGUCUAAACGGGCGUUCACCAACUGCAAUUGGACGCCCGCACGACCAAAGGAGCCCGGUCAACGAGGAAGAAGGACGCCAAAAGCCGCCAGUGUAUCGGGAGGACGGUAUGGUUUCACGCUCUUCGGUGGGCGAUGCCGUUUCGCAAGCAAUUGGUACCAGGAACCCGCUCGGCGCAAUUGGAAACGAUCCUCCAUCUGCUAAGGGCAAGGAGGAGGAUAGGGACCGUACCAACGAAGUCCAAGAUCCGUUGGAGGGCAUGCCCGCCAUCGACAAGUUUGGCUUGAAGGGUUUGCGCACCUUGAUGAAUAACUUCCCCGACUACAACUCCCUCAUUAUCGGGAUCGAUCCUUCCAGUUUGGGGUUGGAGCUGAACUCUUCUGAGCUGUAUUCCACCCAAAUCUACUCUAUACUGGACGAUGUCCCUCCCAGGCCGGCUGUGCCAAAGUUCAAGAUACCCGAAUGCUACAUGGUCAAGAACGUACAGCCUAUCGAGGCCAAGAUUCAGAGCUUUAAUGAGGAGACUUUGAUGUGGAUUUUCUACAGCUGCCCGGGCGACAUCAAGCAGCAACUGGCUGCAGCUGAGCUAACUACGCGGAACUGGAGAUGGCACAAGAAGCUUCAAGUGUGGCUUACCAAGGACGAGAUGGGUAAUACGGCUCAACUAAGCCCAGCUCAUGAACGGGGUUACUAUAUCGUAUGGGACACCGUGAACUGGCACAAGGAGCGGAGAGAGUUUACUUUGUAUUAUUGUGAUUUGGAGACCAACCUCGGCGUCCCAAUGCCAGCAAUAGGAGCAUAA